GCGGCGGGCUGUGGGUGUGGGAGGUGCCCGGGCCUGUCGAGACCCGGAGGCCGAGGCCGCCUCCCGACGCCCACCUGCCGCCUUCUCCUGCUCCAUCUUUUCGGGGAAGCGGCGGCGGCGGCGACCUCGGCCUCCAGUUGGUUAGGCGGAGCGGAGCGGCGGCCGGGAUGGUGUUGCUGGGCUUGCUGCAGUCGGGCGGCUGGGUGCUGGGCCAAGCGGUGGAGCAGGUGACAGGAGGCAACCUGCUCUCCACGCUGCUCAUCGCUUGCGCCUUCACCCUCAGCCUGGUCUACCUGUUCCGCCUCGCAGUAAGCUACACGGUCCAGCUGCCCGCCGGUGCGAAAAGUCCGCCGUACAUUUUCUCUCCAGUUCCAUUCCUUGGUCACGCAAUAGCAUUUGGGAAAAGUCCAAUUGAGUUCCUGGAAAACGCAUAUGAGAAGUAUGGACCUGUAUUUAGCUUCACCAUGGUGGGCAAGACCUUUACUUACCUCCUGGGGAGUGACGCAGCUGCACUGCUCUUCAAUAGUAAAAAUGAAGAUCUGAAUGCGGAGGAUGUCUACAGCCGACUGACAACGCCCGUGUUUGGGAAGGGAGUGGCGUACGAUGUGCCAAAUGCAGUUUUUUUGGAACAGAAGAAAUUGUUAAAAAGCGGUCUUAACAUAGCCCACUUCAAGCAGUAUGUUUCUAUAAUUGAAAAAGAAACAAAGGAAUACUUUCAGAGUUGGGGAGAAAGUGGAGAAAGAAAUGUGUUUGAAGCACUUUCUGAGCUCAUCAUUUUAACAGCUAGCCAUUGUCUACAUGGAAAGGAAAUUAGAAGCCAACUCAAUGAGAAGGUGGCCCAACUGUAUGCGGAUUUGGAUGGAGGUUUUAGCCAUGCCGCCUGGCUGUUGCCGGGCUGGCUGCCUCUGCCUAGUUUCAGACGCAGGGACAGAGCCCAUCGAGAGAUCAAGAAUAUCUUCUAUAAGGUCAUCAAGAAACGCAGACAGUCAGCAGAAAAGGUCGAUGACAUUCUCCAAACGCUACUAGACUCCACAUACAAGGACGGGCACCCUCUGACUGAUGACGAGGUAGCGGGCAUGCUCAUUGGACUGCUGCUCGCGGGGCAGCACACCUCCUCCACCACCAGUGCCUGGAUGGGCUUCUUUUUGGCCAGAGACAAACAGCUUCAAGAAAAGUGCUACCUAGAACAGAAAGCAGUGUGUGGCGACGACCUGCCUCCCCUGACUUACGAGCAGCUGAAGGAUCUGAAUUUACUUGAGCGAUGCAUAAAAGAAACGUUAAGACUGAGACCUCCUAUAAUGACCAUGAUGAGAAUGGCCAGGACCCCUCAGACUGUGGCAGGGUACACCAUUCCUCCAGGACAUCAGGUGUGUGUUUCUCCUACUGUCAAUCAAAGACUGAAAGACGCCUGGGUCCAACGCUUGGAUUUUAAUCCUGACCGCUACUUACAGGACAACCCAGCAUCAGGAGAGAAGUUUGCCUAUGUGCCAUUUGGAGCUGGACGUCAUCGUUGUAUUGGAGAAAAUUUUGCAUAUGUUCAAAUUAAGACAAUUUGGUCUACUAUGCUUCGUUUAUAUGAAUUUGACCUCAUCGAUGGAUAUUUUCCCAGUGUGAAUUACACAACAAUGAUUCACACCCCCGAGAACCCAGUAAUCCGUUACAAAAGAAGAUCAGAAUGAAAAAGGAACAGGGACCAGUGUGGGUUCCUGACUGCAAGCUGCAGCUCGAGAGAGAAUGAAGCUGACAAAACAGC